GAUUCCUUCGCAACCAAUCGCUAGACAAUCUCAGAUAUCUCAUUGGCCUACUAAUCAUGUGCCCUUGAAAUCCAUAUGCCCCCUUUUUUUUCCCAUCAAAAACCUCAACAACAGCCAUCUGAGAAAUCACAUUGGAAGUCGUCGGCCUUGGCGGAGAACAUACUAUUUGGGGUGUGUAUUCAAAGUGUGGAGAAAAGAAGAUUCAUGGGGAGAGUUGACAUUUUACAAGGUAUUCUAUGUUGAUCAAGAAAUUCUCAGAAAAGUUUAUAUUUCAGCCAGAAAAUUGGGAAUUUUUGAUCCAUAAUUAAGUUUUCUUAGACGGUUGCAUAGAAUUUGAUAGAUUAAUUUGUUGGUAGAUCAAGGUACUUGUUUCUGAUUUUCCACAAACAGUUUUAAAUGUCUGAGACAAGAAUUGACAGAGUCACCGUUGACAUUGAUAAGAUGCUUAAUAGCUCAUCUUCUACACCUCCAAAACCCUCAAUGUUUAUAGUUGGUGAUAAUUUACGCAGCAUAAAUCCAGAGGCUUAUGAUCCAGAAAUAAUAGCCAUUGGCCCAUUUCACCGAGGUAAACAUAAAUUGCAGAAGAUGGAGCAACACAAAGUCAGGUAUCUAAAGCUUUUUCUUCAAAGAAUAGAGGAGUCAAGUGUAGAAAGAUGCGUUACCACAGUAAGACACUUGGAAGAUAGGGCGCGAAAAUGUUAUGCAGAAGACAUCGACCUUGAUGAAGAUAAAUUCGUGGAAAUGUUGAUUCUUGAUGGUUGUUUUAUCAUCGAAUUUCUCUAUAUGUUUCAAUACAAAGAUUGCAGGGAUGAAGAUGACCCCAUUUUCCAGUAUGGAUAUAUACAAAGUCAAUUGUUUCAUGAUCUAAUGCUAUUUGAGAAUCAGAUUCCAUUUUUCAUUGUUGAUCGUUUGUUGAACAUGAUCAAGAUCAAUAAUGGAGACAACGACAUUUAUUCUCUAUUAUGGCCUUUACUGCAAAAUAGCUUUUUUCGAGUGGAAGAUCUUCCUGAAGUCCCUAUUACUGGUCACCAUCUUCUUGGCAUUGUACAUGACAUCCAGUGUUCUUCAUUUGCAACGAUAUUCUCUCAGAUGGCUACCGGAAAUCCAGAUAGCAUGGUGAAUAUAAAUUCAGCUGUAGAGCUCAAAGAGGCUGGGAUUUCCUUCAAAAAAUCUGAAGGUGAUAGUUUUUUUCAUAUUGAGUUCAAAAAUAAAGCAAUGAUCAUUCCAGAAUGGGAAUUUUCUGAUUCAACAGAAUCAUUGUUCCGAAAUCUGAUUGCAUAUGAGUACUACCUCACAGGCAGUCCUCAAAAAUAUGUGACGGACUAUGUAUUCUUCAUGCAUUGUCUCGUCCAUUCCCCUGAAGAUGCAAAAUUGUUGCGCCGUCAUGGAAUCGUUAACAACCUUUUGGGGAGCGAUAAAAUGGUUUACCAUGUAAUCAACCAGUUAGGCAAGAAUAUCAUAAUUUCUGAAAAGUUUUCGUAUUCUAAUAUUUUCAACAUUGUGAACCAUCAUUGUGUCCGCAAAUGGAAUAUAAGGAUGGCCACAUUAAGGCGAAAAUAUCUCAACAGUCCAUGGGCACUUAUUUCAGUCUUUGCUGCCACUUUCUUGCUUGUGCUCGCCAUCAUACAGGCUACGUUUGCUAUUCUCUCAUACCGUAAUGAUCUCAAGGAGGGGAACGGUCUCAAAAAGGGAAACUAAUUCUAAGUGUUUGAAGGUGGCCACAAUGUAUGGUAACUCAAAUUACUAUUAACUUCCAAGGACAAUACAGAGUCUACUGAGUCUAUCUUGGUGUAAGAAGCAAUACUAAACCAGAUUUCAAGUUAAAUCAUCUGUUAACAAAAAUUGAGUUUGCAUUCUAGGUUGUUUUAUAAGGUUCCACCCUAUCCCAACCUACUUCAGAGCAAGAAGAUAGAUUAAAAUUCAGAAUGUUUCCAACAAAAGCAACCUUGACUUCUUGACAUUCACAUAGAAGAUUGGCAGAUUAGCGAAAGACUGAGACUAAAAGAUAUUGUUCCAAUCUACGAUAUCAUGUUGCAGUAGAAGAGUGGUACUAAUUCAAGACGGGAUCUUGAAUCUAUUCAGAAAUUAGAGGAGACGUAGAAAAUGAAGUGUUUCGUUAUCCCGCAAUGUCAUUUUGCUUGGCUUAAAUAUUAGGCUAUGAUUAUAAUCUUGUGUAAUUAGAUAACCAGAACCGAGAACUAUCUUUGAUGAUUGUCUGUUCAUUGCUUUUUUUGGCACA